UUCGGCAAGCAAAAUGGUUUGCCGACUAUCAUGAUAGCCAAAACUGUAUUGAGUUUUGUGGGGCUACUGGCAUAUUCCAUGUCACAGGCUUUCGGUCGCCUGUUGUUCGUGCUCGUAGCCAUGGUUUUCGGAAUUUCAGACACUCUUCCCACUAUUUCAAUCGUUGUUGAAAGGGAUGCAUCCGAAUGGCCAACACUUUCCACUGGGAUCGCUCUGUGCUAUUCAGGAACAGGUGCUUUGGUCUUUGGCCCUUUUACCUACUAUUUAUACGAUAAGUUCGCCAUUACAGAAACGUAUUAUUAUAUGACUGGCUUUUAUUUGGUCUCCGCGCUAUUUGGAUGGCUAUACGUACUAUACACUAACCUACGUCGUAAGAAACUACCAGAAGAUGUGGCAUUGCUCUCAGUCGCAACAGACGAAACACCUAACUCGAAUGAAAUCGAAAGCCAUCAAAACCAAGGAAGAGCUCAAGAACAACCUAAUAACGGGAGAGGAAAUCCUGGAAACCAGAAGCAGCAGAAUGGCAGCGAUCCAAUCACAAUACCAAACAUUCUAGGACAUUUCAUAAACAGCUUGAGGAAGAUCUUGCUAUUGAAAUCCGAGACUUUCAUUGCACUUUCUUUCGCGAGUUUCUUGCAGGCGUUCGGUCUAUUUGUGCCGAUGGUGUAUCUAUCUGCUCAUGCCAUCAAUAUGAAAACAUCAAAAGUGGAGGCAUAUUUUUUAAUAUCUGCUAUUGGAAUAUCAAGCACGAUCGGCCGUAUUUUUAACGGACGGCUUUGUAGCAACCCCAAUUUUAAGGUUCUUUAUUGGAAUAAUUGCGGCUUAGCAGUAACAGGAGUAUUGAUACUUUCUUGUUCGAUAUCCACAUCCUAUUGGUGGCUUGUGGUAUUUUCAUUACUCUUCGGGCUGGCUUCAUCCUGCACAGUCGUUUCUCAUCCCAUUGUACUCGCGAAGGAACUAGCACUGAAAAAUGCUACGGAAGGUUACGGCGUCAUACACACGUGCUACAGAGCUGGUGCCUUCGUAUGUUUUCUUCUUUCUGGUUGGCUUUACAAAUUUUGCGGCCAUUAUUGGGGUUUCUUCACCGUUGUCGGUUGUCUCGUUUUCCUUUCUGCAUUUCUUUGCUGGUGUUUAAAAAAAAUUAAACAUUGGGAGGGGAAGAAAUUUCUGCAGAACUUACGAAACAAUUCACCCGCUGGAAUGGUAUUAUAAUGCGAUAUUCUUGGAAGAGGAUGAGCAAUCAUAAGAAUGGACAAAGCUGAUACAAACAACUUUAAUUUCUCGAGUCUUCAAGCUACUCUCAAACCUACCUUGGACAGCAGGAGUUCGUUAUUAUUUUUUUUUCGUUAAAAUUCAAUUACACGCAAUCCUAUUUUAUUCGUUUAUCUGUGGUGGAUUUACCUAUUGAG